AUGGUUACAUAUAACCAGUCAUUAGACAUGUUUCGACAGAGCGGUCAAAGACACAUGUCUUUCAUGGCUGAUGAAGACGGAGAUGUGUUCGUCGAGUCCAACGACGACGACGAGGGCUUAGAUAUCGACAUCACCGACGAGUUUGAAGACAAAGACUAUAACGCGGACGACAAGUGUAACUCAAAAGACAAUUCAGAGGCACAGGAAUCGGAUUCCGGGUCGACGACGACCAACAAGAAGGGCCAUAUCGUCAAACCCGCCUAUUCUUAUAUAGCGCUCAUAACGAUGGCUAUACUCCAGUCGCCCGACAAGAAGCUCACGUUGAGUGGCAUUUGUGACUUCAUUAAGAAUCGCUUCCCAUUCUAUCGGGAGAAGUACCCGAUGUGGCAGAACUCCAUCCGACACAACCUCUCACUCAACGACUGUUUCAUCAAAAUCCCUCGCGAACCCGGAAACCCAGGCAAAGGCAACUACUGGACACUCGAUCCCGCGUCCGAAGACAUGUUCGACAACGGAUCCUUUCUUAGGCGACGGAAGCGCUAUAAACGACAGCAGGAGUUCAUUAGAGAGGGAUUCUGUUUGGCCGGACUCGACCCGUACGGCCGCUCCAACGGCAUUAUGAAUCAUCCGGCGCUUAUGGGCGGCUAUCCUUUCUUCUCACCCCUUCCGCCGCCGAUACCUCUUCUCCAUCCGCAUGAGAUGUCUACUCGACCACCGCUUCAGCCGAUAAACCUCUCGGUCGGCCCCACAAGCGGUCAAAUGAAUCACAUGCAAGAGAUGUCAAAUCAGUUGAUGGCAUCACUAAGAGAUACACCAAACCAAACACCUUCGCCGUCGACAACACAAUCAGUUAUAAUGCAUUCUUCGUCGCCAUUAUCUUCAAUGACGGCCACGACGUCUGCGAAAUCAAAAUCAAACUUUUCCAUCGAUAGCCUCAUCGGUGCCAACAAAUUAUCAUCAAAUGAAAUGAAACAGAAGUCAAUGGCCAACAAUCUGGCGAAUAGUUCUCAUCUGACAUCCCGUCCCAAUCAGUGUUCAGAAGCGAUGAUUCGGCCGCCAGUGCUUCCCAUCCAUCCCAGCAAUCUAUUGACUCAAUUCACUAGAAUUCCAAUCAAUUCUUCGCCCAAUUUUGGCCCAAACGGUAACGACAUUUCGUUGAUGUUAGGCCGCAAUGACAUCAACUUUAUGCCCACAAACGGCAACAUCAAUGACAUGACGGCACCGAUCGAUAUGGAAAAGUAUAGACAAUUACUUCUGUUUCAGGCGUCGGUCAACAAUCAGAUGAGUGCCGGAAAUCAUAUGAAUUUUGAACAUAAAAAUAUUCCUACAAAUUGGCGAUGA